CCCAGUUUAGAUAGUAAUAAAGAAAAGUUGUCUCUGCUGUCCGUCCUUAUGUCUGUCCGUUCGUUUGUCGCCAUGCUUUAUAUAAUUAACCACUAUACCUAGACAACUUAAAUUUCAGAGAUGAUAUUUUUCUGAUGCCGCUAGAAUAUAUCAAAUAUUUGACACACAACCAAUUUAUUUAUUUUUAGCUUAAUUGUACCGAAUUUUACAAGGUCUGGAAGAAAUAACGAACAAAGAAAUUAUAUUUUGGGUGUGGCAAGUCUUGAAAUUCAGAAGUUGACUUUGACAAUGACAUUUAGAUUAGAAACUUGACAGAAUUAUUUUGUCAACAUAAUUUGUACCUAACAAUAACAAUGGAACUUAUCUAUCGAUUUUUCCUCUAUUGAUAAAUUCAAACUUUUGUUUCAUAAAUUAGAUGUUCUAAAUUAAAGUGUCCUUAGUAGGUCAAUGUUCGAAAUGGAAUCCGUUUUGAAUUUGAACGAUGUUUUUUGCAAUCACUAUUUUUUAGUUGGUGCUGUGUUUCUGGUUUAUUUAUUAUAUCGAAUUCUGCAUUCUGUUUUUUCUGAUAAUAAUUAUAUGCGGACAAGGUAUAGGACAAGAGGACACACUUGGAGAAGUAUUCAGUGCAACAAAUCAGUACCGUACAACAUUUAUUGCACAAAUUGUAGUAAACUCAUGUUACCCAUAGUAGGAUUGUUCUGUGAGUGUUGUGCUGUGAGUGCCUGCAAGAGAUGCCACAGGGCAAUAGACAAAAGAAUGAGGUGCAAACCAAUCACAUGGCCUGGAGACAAACCUUUUUACCAUCAUUGGGUCCAUGUUGCAACAGUUCCAAGCGAGAAUGUGGACCAGAAUGAUGAAGGUUUCAAGAAAUACUUCUGUGCAUGGUGUCAGAGAAUGAAGCUCUGGACAACAUCUGUAACAUUAGAUGAUGAGCAAUGUGACUUUCAAAAGUACCGGAACAUAAUAAUACCUCCUGCAUGUGUUCAGUUAGAAAAGGGAGUAGUUUCUAACAUAAAGCAUCCAGGGGACAAUGACUGGGAACCAUUUAUUAUUUUGGCUAACCCCAAGUCUGGAAGUAAUAGGAGUGAUGAAGUGCUGUCCUUAUUUAGAGGCUUACUUAAUCCCAUUCAAGUAGUGGAUAUUAGUUCGACAUCUCCCGAAAGUGUUGUGCGAUGGCUGCCUUCAAGAUGUCGGAUCCUCGUUGCCGGCGGAGACGGUACCGUGGCCUGGGUUAUGAACUCUUUAUUUUCAUCACCACAAGUCAAGGCAGCUGUUGCGAUUUUGCCCAUGGGGACCGGAAAUGAUCUGUCUCGCGUCCUCGGCUGGGGCGCUGGUGGACACUCAAAUUUGGAUGCGCACAAUAUCAUAAAUGCUGUGAAACAAGCCAAUCACCAGCCCCUUGACAGAUGGAAGGUAACAAUCAAGCCGAAACGAAGUCGUCUCGGUCGCUUGCGGCAACAGCGCGUGCUGUACGCGUACAACUACGCGAGCAUCGGCGUCGACGCACAAGUGGCGCUGGACUUCCAUCACGCGAGGGCCCAGUUCCUCUAUAGAUACGCUAGUCGGACGCUCAACUACAUGGCGUACGCGUUCCUGGGCGUGGGCCGCGCGCUGGACGACGGCGGCUGCGGCGGGCUGGAGCGGCGCCUGUGCGUGUGGCUGGGCGCGGCGCGCGAGCCGCUGCCGCUGCCGCCGCUGCAGGCGCUCGUCGCGCUCAACAUCCCCUCCUGGGGCGCCGGCGUCGACCUCUGGAGUAUGGGGAAUGAAGAGGACGUAGCGGAACAGAGUAUAAACGAUGGGAAACUAGAGGUCGUUGGAAUAUCGUCGUCUUUCCAUAUUGCAAGAUUGCAAUGUGGUUUGGCAGAGCCGUACCGAUUCGCGCAGGCUUCUAGUCUUAAGAUUGAAUUGGAGGGGUCAUGCGCUAUGCAGGUGGAUGGUGAGCCUUGGAUGCAAGGCCCGGCUACGAUAUUCAUCGAGCCCGCAGGCCAGAGUCUCAUGCUUCGAGCAAACUCCAAAAUUCGGAGGUUUAAUGAUUAAUAUUAAAAUUAAGGACACACCCAGUAUUUUGAAACUAGAACCUCAUUUGGCUAAACGUAUUUAAAAGAUAACUGUGAAAGUGGUAGUUUAGUACUUAUUCGUAAUUUAAAUUACAACCCACCUCUAAUUUUAGUGCCAAUUACGAUGGAUUCGUUAUUAUGUGUUUGUUAAACAAGAUAUAAAUUAAAUUAUGACAUAUUUAAA